GCACAACUGAACGAGUCGCAACAUGCCGCCAAAAGCCAAGAAGCCAAAGCAGAUCAAGGACGAGGAUGAGGCAGCCAAGGUGCUGCUGGAGUAUCUCACUCGCCAGAACCGCCCAUACAAUGCCAAUGACUUGUUCAUGAACCUGCACAAGGCCAUCGGCAAGACGGCCCUGACGAGGGUGUUGGCCAAGAUGGCUGCUGACGGGCAGAUCACGGAGAAGGUCUUUGGCAAGCAGAAGAUCUACUUCCCACUUCAGUCCGAGUUCCCAAAGCUAAGCAAGGAAGAGCUCACGGCGUUGGACAAGGAGUUGGAGGAGCUCAAGGCGGAGAUGAAAGGCCUGCAAUCCGAGUGUGAUCAGCUGCAAUCAAAGUUGUCGUCCACGCUGGCGACACCGGAGACUGCAGACGCAGAGAAGGCGCUCACAGAAGUGCAGGAGAGGAAUGAGAAGAAGGAGGGGAAGCUGAAGGCGCUGCGGUCUGACGGGAAAUCGGUGACAGAGGCCGACAAGAACAAGAUCAACAAGAAGUUUGACGAAGCGGUCAAGCUCUGGCGCAGACGCAAGCGCAUGGCAACGGACAUCCUGGACCAGAUUUUGGAGAGCUACCCCAAACCAAAGAAGGCGCUUUUCAACGACAUUGGUCUUGAAACGGAUGAAGAGGUCAAGGUGAACCUCAAGGACUUUGGGCGGUGAGCCCUUGCAUCGCCAAUCAUGACAUGUACACCACCCCCCUCAUGGCUCCUUGUCCCUUAUCGCUUUGUUCUUAAUCCUCGACAGUAGUCAACCCUCCCACCCUCUCUCUGUACUUCAGCGACAUGUGUUGUGUCGCCCUCACACCUCUUAUCAUUCACCACCAGCCACCACUGUAACUGACCCGUCUGCUUCCACACCCGCGCUGCGUGUUGUUGUUUCUUAUCUGUGUGCCUGCAAGAGCGUUAGUUGGUUUGUUUGAUGAUGUGGUGUUGUUUGAUUUUAAUGUGUUGCUUUUGGUUUUGUGAUGUUGUAUCGCACCCAAGACGGGCGUUCUCGGCACUCUUAACUGGCAACGAUCAAUCAAUCAAUGAAGAAGAAAAAUGGUCAACAACUCACUCAUUGGGUGCUCUCUCUCUCUCUCUCUCGCUCGCUCAGAAC